UCUUCUGUUGCCCAAUCACACGUAUCCUCAGCCUCCUCCAGACACUACCUCAAGUGGGCCGCGAGGAAAAGGAGCAUUUUAAUCCAAACAGUUCUGUACAUCUGUCUCCGUAAUAGACCCACAAAGAAACCACGGAUCAACGAAACCAAUCAUUUGUGGGAUGGUAGCGCAGAGGUGGACAGUGGCAGUGUUGUGUAUCCUUACACUGUUCUGGCCAUACUGUAAUGGGACCACUGGUCCAGAAUGCAGCACAGUCUCAGGGGAGAGGACUGGAGUCCACCCUCUGCCCACAGUUGACAGUCAGAUGGCAGAGCAGACUCAACGCCAGCACCUGGAGGCUCUGUUCAACAGGUACGGGGAAAAUGGAACCAUCUCUAUAUCCGGUCUGAAGCGUCUGCUGCAAAGUGUGGGCCUUGACCGUAUUCGUAAAGUGAUGGUUCAACACCACGAGCAAGCAGAAGAUGAUGAUGCUGAGGCACAUGGGCACACACACCACCACCACCACCAUCACCACCAUCAACAUCAUGAUCACAACAGCAACCAACGGCAAAAACACAGUCAUUCGGAAACCAACGAGCCCAAAAAAGCCCCCAAGGACCCGAAGGUCCCCAAAGAAGAGGAGCCCACCCCGGGGAAGAAGGUGGAGAACUCGGACGCCCACCACAAUCUGUACGUGAAGAAGACCACCACCUCCGGUCAGGAGAUGAGCACCACUCCCACGUACACCACCAACGUGGUGGUGAAGUCCGCAGAGCGACGCAGACGCAGGGGGGCAGGCGAUGACCUGUCCCAGGACAGUGGUCCUGUUGUCAAUCAAACACACCUGGAUAUCACAGAGGGAGAAAUGACUGAACAUGUGAGCAAUGUGCUGAUCUCAGAGGACCAAACCCAGCCACCCGUGAUGAGCCAGGAAGGUUCUGAUGACCAGCACUUGCAUGAUCAUGAUCAUGAUGAGCACCUUGAUCAAAGUCUUGACCAUGUAGAGGACAAGGGAGAGUGUCAUAAUGCCUCCAGCCUCUUGACCUCCCAUGGGAUGACCAAAGAGGGGGUCCUCACUAUGAAAGACUUCAGCUACCUCUGCCCUGCCCUCCUCAACCAGAUUGACAGAAAGUCCUGCAUACGGCAUGGCGACAACCACACGCAGGAAGAGACAGACCAUAAGCUGCACAACCACCACAGUCAUCAUCACCCUCACAACCCCAACGAGACUGACUAUAAGGAAAACCACAAACACUCCAUUGCUGCCGCAUGGGUCGGAGGCAUCGUCUCCAUCACAGUCAUCAGCCUGCUGUCCCUGGCGGGCGUGGUGCUCAUUCCCCUGAUGAACCGAGUGUUCUUCAAGUUCCUGCUCAGCUUCCUGGUGGCCCUGGCUGUGGGCACGCUCAGUGGAGACGCCUUCCUGCACCUCAUCCCCCACUCCCAGGGAGGCCACCAGCAUCAUCAUGAUCUGAAUGAGACAUCUGGACACGGUUCCCAUGGGGAGGAGGACGAGCUGUAUGACCUGGAUCCGGUGUGGAAGGGGCUGACGGCUCUCAGCGGAGUCUACAUCAUGUUCCUGAUCGAACAUUUCCUCACGUUGGGCAAGAUGUACAAGGACAGGAAGAAGAAGGUCAGAGAUCAACGUGGCGUUGUUUUACAUCCAUUAUUAAAGGUUCCGAAAAAAUGGGCUCCUGAAGACAAGGUGGAGGCUGAGAAACGACCUGCACUGGAGGAGAACGACCUGAAGCCAGCUGAGGAUUUCGUAGAAGUGUUGGGUACAAACGGCUUCAAAACGUCCACAGAUUUGGAAACCAACGGCGCGAGCACAUUCGGCGACCACAGCGACAGUGUCCACGGGGGCAGUCUGGCGGAGGAGGAGGAGGUGAUGUUAGCGCCCCCUGCCGUUGUCGCCACCCCGGAGGGCUACGCCUUGGCCUCGGGCCCCUACACGGCCGAGGAAUGCGAGAACAAGUGCCACUCGCACUUCCACGACACAGUGGGCCAGCCCGACAACAUGCACCACCAUCACCACGACUACCACCACAUCCUGCACCACCACCACUCCCAGAACCACCACCCGCACAGCCACUCCCACUCGUACUCGGAGCAGCACUUCCAGCAGGCGGGCGUGGCUGCCCUGGCCUGGAUGGUCAUCAUGGGGGACGGCUUGCACAACUUCAGCGACGGCCUGGCCAUAGGUGCAGCAUUCACUGAAGGGCUAUCCAGCGGUCUAAGUACAUCUGUAGCUGUGUUCUGUCAUGAACUACCUCACGAGUUAGGUGACUUUGCUGUGCUGCUAAAAGCUGGGAUGACCGUGCGUCAGGCCAUUCUCUACAACGUGCUGUCUGCUAUGAUGGCUUACCUUGGGAUGAUUCCAGGCAUCCUCAUCGGGCACUAUGCUGAGAAUGUGUCCAUGUGGAUCUUCGCCCUCACUGCAGGGCUCUUCAUGUAUGUGGCGUUGGUGGACAUGGUUCCUGAGAUGCUCCACAACGACGCAGGGGACCAUGGCUUCAGCCACUGUGGCUUCUUCCUGCUCCAGAACGCAGGCAUCCUGCUGGGCUUUGCCAUAAUGCUCCUCAUUGCCAUCUUCGAACACAAAAUCCACCUGGACAUCAAUAUAUGACGUGGUUUUCAGAUCUAGGAACCAGAAGCCCCUCCUGUGUAGAGGCUUUCAUGUAUUCUGACAUUGGGCCAUGACCAAGUGCAUGAUGUUUAAAGGGCCAUGUUGAAAAGAAAAGGGGGUUCUUUGGGAACCAGACAUUUUGCGCAAAAAUCCUGAUACUAACUGACCAAACAUUGGGGGCCUGUUAGACUACUCUAAAAGUACACCGUAAAAUACUCGGGCUAUAGUUUAUGAUCUAACAUGAUUGUAUGGGUGAAAGCCAUUGCUUUUCUUCGAAGAUGGUGAUUAGUGCAAUCACAUUGGAUUAAGGAUAUAUUCUGACCCAGUAUAGAGACUGGUUUCGUUAAGUGUGUUCUCACCUCACUAGAGAGGUGUUUGGUCACACAAUUUGAUACCAUUCCAAGCAAUAUGAUUUUCCUAAAUUGUGUCUUGUAGACUUCAUCUAAUCAGGUUACUUUUUUAAAUGUAGUAUACAAGCUCUUGUAGGUUGUCAUUGUUUGUUAGUCGUUACUACUGAUCAAGACAAACAACCAAAUGUAUUACUAUGUCUAAAAUGGAUAUGUUGGGGUAAGCUUUAUUUGUGGGAAUCAGGAUAUUAGGCUAAAUUAUUUUUAUGUUGGGGUAUUGUUACACCAAUGAGACAAUUCAAAUAUAAGGCAAAAUGUUUCGCCUUAAUACAAUUUUCAAAAUCCAUGCUGUUAUUGGUAGCUAUCAGAACAUUUGUACUUUGUGUCCAGAACUUUUGCUUUUGUAAAGCAAUGUGGAGUAAUUUGGUACGUUAUUAUUCUGUACCCUCAUCACUUACUUUGACCACAGUACAUCUCAGCAACUGUACAGUUACCACAGAUUCAAGUGCAUUGCUUACCUCUGUUCUGGAAAAGGGUCCUCAGUCCAAAACACUGUGAUCAGAGUUUAAAGUCUGUUACAUUGUCCUUGUAGAGGACAGGCAAACUUGUAAAUGUUGUAAGUCUUUGCUUUGCAAAUUGUUGUAUAACUUGACUUAAAAAAAAAAAAAAAGGAUGAAAUUUGAAUGUUUCAAUUACUAUUAUUAUUAUUUUUAAGCUAUGCUAUUGGUAACAAAGUGUAGAAAAUGCAAGGAGCAUGUCAUUAACCAGCUGUUAAGUUAUUGUGCCAAUGUUUUCACACUGUGUUUAAAGAGUCUGGAUUUGAUUGUCUAGUUGCUUGUUUUUUUAUGUUUCACAUUUCUGAGAGACAUACAUCAUGAAGGGAAAUUUGUAUGCUAUUGACUGUAAUGUACACUUAAGGUUUUUGUGUUUUACAUUCCAGAGCAUAAUAAAACA